UAAUUUACCUUCCGGCUUGCAUAAAUUGAAUGUCACACAAAUUUUCGGCUUCAUCAUCUAUCUCGAGACAUUGGCUAUAUAAAUCUGCCUCUUUUGUCGAUCUUCUUCUUCUUUAUCUGUCAAACAAAGAUGCAAUUGUCUUUGGGUCCUCUCCUUUUACUUUUCACUUUGGCCAUCUCGUUGGUCUCUGCCGCCAACUCAGUCAGCGUAUGUUCCUCUUGUACUUACAAGACCAUCUCUGCUGCCUUGAAGGCUCUUCCUAGCGGCUCCACCACCUACACUAUCAACAUUGCACCUGGCACUUACACUGAACAAAUCUCUAUCACUCGCUCUAACGUUAUUUUGAAGAACUCUGGUAGUGGCACUGUUUUGAUUCAAUACAACGCUGGUCAUGAUACACAAUCCAAGACUGGUUCUGAUACUGACUCUGCUGUUUUGACUAUCAAGGGUAGCAAUGUUAAAGUCUACAAUAUAACUUUUGCUAAUACUUAUAAGCAAACUACCAACAUUGCUAACUUGGCUCUUAACCUUGAGGGUGCUCAAGCUGGGUUCUACAAUGUCAAGUUCUAUGGUUACCAAGACACUGUCUUGAUAAAUAGUGGUGGUAGCGGUUACUUCAAAAGCUGUUAUAUUGAAGGCUCUGUUGACUUCAUCUGGGGUUACGGUACUGGUUACUUCCAAGGCUGUACUAUUGCUUCCAACACUAGAGGUUACAUCACUGCUCACAACCGUAAUUCUGCUAGUAGCGCUGGUGGUUUCUACUUCAACAGCUGUGUCAUCAAGGCUACUGUUCCUUCUGGUCCUCUUGCUUCUACUUAUAGUUCAUCCAUUGCCUUUACUUCCGUCUCCAAGGCCACUGGCACCUGUUACCUUGGUCGUCCUUGGAGUCGAUAUGCCCGUGUUGUCUUUAUGUACUCUACCAUUGGUAGCCACAUUAACCCUGCUGGUUGGUCUAAGUGGAGCACUUCCAGUCCUAACACUUCUGGUGUCACUUUUGCCGAAUAUAGCAACAAUGGUGCCAGUGCUUGGUCUUCUUCGCGCGCUUCUUUUGCUAAGCAAUUGACUGCUUCUGAAGCUGCCCAAUAUAGUGCUGCCAAGGUCUUUGGCUCUACUUCAUGGAUUGAUUCCUCUGUUUAGAUUUGUUAUUAUGCCUAUAUUAAUAAAGUUAUAUCUAAUUAAUCACG